AUGACGCCCCUCUCCUUCUUUCCUCUGGGUCCGACCCGCACCAUCCCAGUCACAAAGCAUGUCCGCACCAACUCGCACAAUGUUGUGCCCGUAAAGCGCUCGCGCCCCUCAACUCUGUCAACCCCGUCGUCGCCGAAUGCGAAGAAACGCGCCCUCACAAUUGACAAGCUCACCCCGGCGCCAUCGAGCGAUGGGCCCGCCCCUGGCAUGGUGGCGUUCAAGGUCCCGGCCGUUCCGGCCCUGCCCACUCACAUGGCAUCGGCACCACCCACACCCUCCACCUCCACCAUUGCUGCAUCCUCCUCUCCUCGCCAUCGCCAUCCCGCCACUUCUCCAACCCGCCGUCCGCCCGCAAUGAAGGUGCGGCUGGUGGACGGCGAGACCCUCGUCUUUGGUCGGCACCACGUGCGUAAUCGCCCUGCUGUGUCCGCGCCACCUCCGGCUAUAGUUGAGAAACUCACAUACCCAACCAAUCCCGCCCGUACAAUUGUUCUUGACCGCGGCGCAUCACACGCAUCCCGCGUGCAUGCUGCCGCCGAGCUUCUCCCCACCACUCCACCCCAGAUACGUCUUGUGGUCGUCGGCCAGAAUGGACUGCGUAUCCGUAUUCCCGGCGGCAAAUAUCGCCGUAUCAGCGCAGGCAAUGUGCGCACCUUCCCCGCCGCCGCGUUCGAGAUCGAGUUCUAUGGCGCUGCCGUGUCGCUAUCCCUUGAAGACCCCGAUGAGACAGACGAGGAACUGUUCACACCCCCUAUGCUCCCAGUCGAACCUGUUGUGCAAACCGCGCCGUCUCCCCUCUCUCUCCCGCCUUCAUCGCCGCCACGCCCGGCGAUGAGCUCGCCCGCGCCGUACCUCGGCGACCUCGACGACGAGAUGGACGUCGAGGUCCCUACGCCAGCCCCCACACCGUUAAUGUCGCGCAUCGAACCGACGCCAAAGGAGAGCCCGCAAAGCGAGCGCUCCUCCUCACCUCUCUCUGAUAUUGACGACGAGCCCACCCCAAUUCAACCCACCCCAAUCCCAGCCAUGACGCCGGCGCCAGCAGCCAUUGCAGUCAAGCAAGAGAUGUUAGAUGACAAGCCAGUCACGGUCAUUCCCUUGAAGCGGGCGCAUACGCCCAAGUCGCGCGCCCCCACACCCCCUCCCCCUGCCCCCGCCCCAGAGGGGUUGGACAUGCCAGCCCUCCUGGCGUCGACCGUAGUCUUCUCCGGCUCGUCCAAGCUCUCCCUCCCCGACCUGGUCAAAAGCUUACUUGAGAGUCAACCCAACAUGCGCGUACAUGGCGACGAGGCCGCGUGGGGUGUCUGGGCGGCAGCCGAGCUGGCCGUCAACCCCAUGUUUGGCAAGAUUACGCGUAACGGCCGCGACAGUAGCGGCAAGCCGCUCGAGCCGCACUAUUACUACAACCCGGCCAAUGACCCUGAUCCGGCGCGGGCCAGCCAGCUCGCCGGCCUCGUUAGGCCCUUACGCGCGACGCAGCGGGGUGGUGGAAGGGCCAUUGAUUGGCGUCCCGUUGGGCCUGGGCGGCGGCGGUAG